CCAGGAUCAAAAGCUCACCGCCUGCCCGCCCCUCUCCGCACCUUCAUCCCGCGAGCAGGAGGACCCCAGUCCACCCACCGACCCUGACCUGGUCAUGGCGUCCAGCUCCCGCCUGGUGUGAGGACCCCAGACCCGCGCGAGGGAGCCCCCAUCCCAGGCCACACCCUUGAGCCCAGCGCGACACCCAUUAUUCCUGAGUCCGUGCUCCAGUACCGAGUACCUGGCUGGGCCCUGGGCACGCACAGGGGCCGUAGCCCCACUGUGUGUGGGAGCCAUGAGGAUCCUGGCUAACAAGACAAGGUUACCCCACCCCAGGAGGAGAGAAGCUCCAGGGAGCCCGCCGCCGCUAUCCCCUCGCGGCCACUGCCCCCCUGCCCCAGCCAAGCCAAUGCACCCAGAAAAUAAGUUGACCAAUCAUGGCAAGACAGGGAAUGGCGGGGCCCCAUCUCAGCACCAGAAUGUGAACCAAGGACCCACCUGCAACCUGGGCUCGAAGGGCGUGGGGGCGGGGAGCCAUGGGGCCAAAGCCAGCCAGAUAUCACCCAGCAACUCAAGUCUGAAGAACCCCCAGGCGGGGGUGCCCCCUUUCAGCUCGCUCAAGGGCAAAGUGAAGAGGGAGCGGAGUGUAUCUGUGGACUCUGGAGAACAGCGAGAGGCUGGGACCCCAUCCCUGGAGUCAGAGGCCAAAGAGGUGGCACCCCGAAGUAAGCGGCGCUGUGUGCUCGAGCGGAAGCAGCCUUACAGUGGGGACGAAUGGUGCUCAGGACCGGACAGUGAGGAGGAUGACAAGCCCAUUGGGGCCACCCACAACUGUAAUGUAGCAGACCCAGCUAUGGCGGCCCCACAGCUGGGUCCUGGCCAAGCCACCCAACUACCCCUCAGUGAAGGCAGUGCACCAGGCCCUCCACAUGGGCCUCCACCAGGCCUGCGGCCCGAUGCCCCCGGGGGCGGGGCCAGUGGGGUUCCUGGAAAGCCUCCUUCACAGUUCAUGUAUGUCUUCACCACCCACCUGGCUAACACGGCCGCAGAGGCGGUGCUACAGGGCCGGGCUGACUCCAUCCUUGCUUACCACCAGCAGAAUGUGCCCCGGGCCAAGCUUGACCAGGUCCCCAAAGUGCCACCCACCCCAGAGCCACUCCCCCUGAGCACGCCAUCAGCAGGAACCCCACAGUCUCAGCCACCUCCACUGCCACAGCCACCUGCAGCCCCUGGCAGUGCACCUCCAGCUCUGUCUUCCGAGGGGCCUCCUGAGGACACCAAUCAGGUCUUGACCCCCAACUCAGUGGGAGCUGCCAGCACAGGUGGUGGGACAGGGGGCACCCACCCCAACACCCCGACGGCCGCCACCACCAGCAAUCCACUGCCUCCCGGAGGAGACCCCAGUGGUGCCCCUGGUCCUGCCCUGAUGGGUGAGGCCACACCCACGGGGAAUGGGCAGCGGGGCUUGGUGGGCUCGGAGGGCCUGUCCAAGGAGCAGCUGGAGCAUCGGGAGCGUUCCCUCCAGACACUGCGAGACAUUGAGCGGCUGUUGCUUCGAAGCGGGGAAACCGAGCCCUUCCUCAAGGGGCCCCCUGGGGGAGCGGGUGAAGGAGGACCACCAGCACAAGCCCCUCCAGCUCCACAGCAGCCUCCCACAGCCCCUCCUACUGGGUUAAAGAAGUAUGAGGAGCCCUUGCAGUCCAUGAUCUCACAGACACAGAGUCUCGGGGGGCCUCCACUGGAGCAUGAAGUUCCUGGGCACCCCCCGGGCGGGGACAUGGGGCAGCAGAUGAAUAUGAUGAUGCAGAGACUGGGCCAGGACAGCCUGACGCCUGAGCAGGUAGCCUGGCGCAAGCUACAGGAAGAGUACUACGAGGAGAAGCGGCGGAAAGAGGAACAGAUUGGGCUGCAUGGUGGCCGCCCCCUGCAGGACAUGAUGGGUAUGGGGGGCAUGAUGGUGAGGGGGCCGCCACCUCCCUACCACAGCAAGCCUGGGGACCAGUGGCCACCAGGAAUGGGGGCCCAGCUGCGGGGCCCCAUGGACGUCCAAGAUCCUAUGCAAUUGCGGGGUGGCCCUCCUUUCCCUGGUCCCCGUUUCCCAGGUAAUCAGAUGCAACGAGUACCUGGAUUUGGGGGCAUGCAGGGUAUGCCCAUGGAGGUACCCAUGAAUACUAUGCAGAGGCCUGUGAGGCCGGGCAUGGGUUGGACAGAAGACUUGCCCCCCAUGGGGGGGCCUAGCAAUUUUGCACAGAACACUGUGCCCUACCCAGGUGGACAGAGUGAAGCAGAGCGAUUCAUGACCCCCCGGGUCCGGGAAGAGCUGCUGCGCCACCAGUUGCUGGAGAAGCGGUCGAUGGGCAUGCAGCGCCCCCUGGGUAUGGCGGGCGGAGGCAUGGGGCAGAGCAUGGAGAUGGAGCGGAUGAUGCAGGCACACCGGCAGAUGGACCCUUCCAUGUUCCCUGGGCAGAUGGCUGGUGGCGAGGGCCUGGCAGGUGCUCCUAUGGGCAUGGAGUUCGGUGGAGGCCGGAGCCUCUUGAGUCCCCCCAUGGGGCAGUCUGGGCUGAGGGAGGUGGACCCUCCCAUGGGGCCAGGCAACCUCAACAUGAACAUGAAUGUGAAUAUGAACAUGAACAUGAACCUGAACGUGCAGAUGACCCCACAGCAGCAGAUGCUAAUGUCGCAGAAGAUGCGGGGCCCUGGGGACUUGAUGGGGCCGCAGGCUCUUAGCCCUGAGGAGCUGGCUCGAGUUCGGGCGCAGAGUAACAGCAGCAUGAUGGGUGGCCCACAGAAGAUGCUCAUGCCUUCACAGUUCCCCAACCAGGGCCAACAAGGGUUCUCAGGGGGUCAAGGACCCUACCAAGCCAUGCCUCAGGACAUGGGCAACACUCAAGACAUGUUUAGCCCGGAGCAGAGCUCCAUGCCCAUGGGGAAUGUGGGUACCACCCGCCUCAGCCACAUGCCUUUGCCCCCUGCUUCCAAUCCUCCUCCUGGGUCUGUGCAUUCGGCCCCCAGCCGGAGUCUGGGCAGGCGGCCUUCCGACCUCACCAUCAGUAUUAACCAGAUGGGCUCACCGGGCAUGGGCCACCUGAAAUCGCCCACCCUCAGCCAAGUGCACUCACCCCUGGUCACCUCACCUUCUGCUAACCUCAAGUCACCCCAGACUCCAUCACAGAUGGUGCCCUUACCGUCAGCCAAUCCGCCGGGCCCUCUCAAGUCGCCACAGGUCCUCAGCUCCUCCCUCAGCGUCCGGUCGCCCACAGGCUCUCCUAGCAGGCUCAAGUCUCCUUCUAUGGCGGUGCCUUCUCCUGGCUGGGUUGCCUCGCCCAAGACAGCCAUGCCUAGCCCUGGGGUCCCCCAGAGCAAACAGCCGGCUCUCAACAUGAACUCUUCCACCACCCUGGGCAACAUGGAUCAGGGUGCCCUCCCAUCUAGUGGUUCCCGGAGCAGCUCUGCAGCACCUCCCACGAACCCUCCCAGUGGCAUGAUGAACCCCAGCUUGCCAUUCACGUCUUCUCCAGACCCCACACCUUCCCAGAACCCCCUGUCCCUGAUGAUGACCCAGAUGUCCAAGUACGCCAUGCCCAGCUCCACCCCACUCUACCAUAACGCCAUCAAGACCAUCGCCACCUCAGAUGACGAACUGCUGCCUGACCGGCCCCUGCUCCCCCCCCCACCACCACCACAGGGCUCUGGACCAGGGCUCAGCAAUAACCAACCCAACCAGAUGCAUCUGAACUCAGCUGCUGCCCAGAGCCCCAUGGCCAUGAACCUGCCAGGCCAGCAACCCCUGUCCCAUGAGCCCCCGCCUACCAUGCUGCCCUCCCCCACCCCGCUGGGCUCCAACAUUCCACUGCACCCCAAUGCACAGGGGACAGGAGGGCCCCCUCAGAACUCGAUGAUGAUGGCUCCAGGGGGCCCAGACUCCCUGAAUGCCCCCUGCGGCCCUGUGCCUAGCUCCUCUCAAAUGAUGCCCUUCCCCCCUCGGCUACAGCAGCCCCACGGUGCCAUGGCCCCCAGUGCGGGUGGGGGCGGGGGGCCUGGCCUGCAGCAGCACUACCCUGCAGGUAUGCCCCUGCCCCCAGAGGACCUGCCCAGCCAGCCACCUGGCCCCCUGCCCCCCCAGCAACACCUGAUGGGCAAAGGCAUGGCAGGGCGCAUGGGCGACACGUACCCUCCCGGCGUGCUUCCCGGCGUGGCAUCAGUGCUGAAUGACCCGGAGCUGAGCGAGGUGAUCCGGCCCACCCCUACGGGAAUCCCCGAAUUUGACUUGUCAAGGAUCAUCCCCUCUGAGAAGCCAAGCAGCACCCUUCAGUACUUCCCCAAGAGCGAGAAUCAGCCCCCCAAGGCCCAGCCCCCAAACCUGCAUCUCAUGAACCUGCAGAACAUGAUGGCGGAGCAGACCCCCUCACGGCCCCCCAACCUCCCGGGCCAGCAGGGAGUCCAGCGGGGGCUCAACAUGUCCAUGUGCCACCCCGGACAGAUGUCCUUGCUGGGCAGGACAGGUGUGCCUCCACAGCAGGGCAUGGUGCCCCACGGUCUGCACCAGGGUGUCAUGUCCCCUCCACAAGGCCUCAUGACCCAGCAGAAUUUCAUGCUGAUGAAGCAGCGGGGCAUGGGGGGUGAGGUGUACAGCCAGCCCCCCCACAUGCUCUCCCCGCAGGGCUCCCUCAUGGGCCCCCCAGGACCCCAGCAGAACCUCAUGGUGUCUCACCCGAUGAGGCAGCGCAGCGUGUCUCUGGACAGCCAGAUGGGCUACCUCCCGGCGCCAGGCAGUAUGGCCAACCUGCCCUUCUAGUGGCCCCGUUGGGGGCUGGAGCUGGGGCAAUAUUGCAAAUACAAUAACCUUAAAACAAUGUUUUUUCCCCUUGAGUGUUGGGAUGGCCAGGGUCAAGGGGUGGGGUGGAGGGGGUGGGAGGGGCUUGUGUGGGAAGUGGCGUUUGUGGAAUCCAGAUGUGCUGGCAACUUAGGGGGAAGUGGCAGAGUGGGGUGGGGGGGGUUUGAGAUUUGGGUUUGUUCCAUUUUGGCCACCAAGGCUGCCCUCUCCCCAUUCCUCCCAUGUCUUAUAGAGCCUCUGUUUUCUCUCUGUACCUAGCCUCCUUCAACUGUGCUGUGAGUCGUGCAGGGGGAGAGGGGAGGCAAGGAGAGUGCUCCCUUCUUUCCCUUUCCUUUCUGCUCCUGCCUUCUGUCUCCUCACCUGGCUUCUCUCUGCUGCUCUUCAUUGCUCUCCUCCUGUCUUCCGCCUCACAUUUCUUCUUCCUGCUGAUGUGGCUGACCCCUUUCCCUGCUCCCUGCAGGCGGCUGGUGCCAGCCGCAGCUGUAAAUAGAGCGCUGCGCUUUUGUGCCAGUUUGUGCGUGUGCUGUAUUUCUGUGUUUUGAUAGAAGUCACACAAAAAAAAAAAAGGAUACAAGAGACCCUUCCCCUUUUUUGAAUGAUCGCCCCUUCCAUCACCCUGGACCCAGGGGCUUGUGGUCUGAUACUCCUACCCACUGUUUGCAGCGCUGCUGGGUCCAUGAAGGAUACCAUUUGGGUCUUUCUCCCCCCACCCACCCCCAUGGUAAGACAACAUAAAUACCUACACUGAGGUCAGACCAGCAGGUCAGACCACCCAGGGUGAGAGCCCUGGGUGGCAACCUAUCUGCUGCUGAGAGAUUCAGGAGAGUGUACUUGUGUUCCACAAGUGACAAGGAGCCUUGGUGUCCCUGCUGCUACAUCUUAGUCAGAACUUGAAGUCCCAGCUCCCCAUUCUGGGAUGAAGGAGAAAAGGACGAAGUGGAGGCUGUGAGCUCCCUGCCCUCUGGUGGGUUCUAGGAGUGACCGGUGGCCAGGUCAUCCAGUGCCUGCUGCUGAGGCCCUGGGCCCCAACUCAGCUGGAAGCUGACACUUCUUAUAAGAAAAGGGGUUUAGCUGAGUCAGUCUUCUAGCUUCUACCCUGAGGAUGGAGUAGAAAGCUUGUGUAUUUGAGGGGUGGGGGGAGGGCCAAGGUGGGGGUGCUCUCCUGGGUCUUCUUUUCCUCUCCAGUUACUAGCCAGGAGGUCCCUCUAUUGAGGGCUCUGCUGCCCCAGGCAAAACCACUGCCUCUCCCUCAGCCCCUUUCUUCUUCCCAGAAGAGCUACCUACUCACCUCUGGUCAGAGCUGAAGCCAUACAUGACAAGGUGUUCUGCCCUCCUUGGCCCCAGGAGUAAAAUACUUUUUUUCUUCCUUCCUUCCUGCCUUGUAAGGUGGCAGGGUUGUGCCCUGGCUGAGGCCUUCUUCAUAUUGCCUCUAAGGCUGAGGGUCAGUUCUAGACUGUGUCUUCUGCCCUGGCCCCAUCCCCAGCCUUCCUGGACCAGCAGGGCCUGGUCUUGUAUUGGCAGCUGUGAUACAAAGGGAAUUCGCCCCCACCUCUCCCAGUCUGGUGCUGUCCUUGGUCCACCAUCAGCCAGGUGAAACGCUUCCUCGGUGGCUGGCCACAGGCUCCUGCUCCCCCCCCCCCCCCAAGCACCUCACAGGGGCCAGGCUGGGUCUCUGUUUGGAGAUCCAUUUGUCUUUCCUGCCAGGAGCUUUGCCCACCUUGCCUCAACCUGGGCCCUGUGCUCAUGAGCCCCCACCUCCACCCAUGGCCCCGAACUCUCCAAACAGACUUUGAGUGUUUCCUGCCCAAAGGAGAGGGGUUGGAUGAUAAAUGCCCUCCCCAUUCUCCCACCUCUGCCACUAGACUAGCUUUCCAAGGUGAACUCCACAGGCCAGCCGACUUCCCUCCAUCCAUGGCCAUACCCCCAGCCAUUUUGUACCAUUAUAUAAAUAUAUAUAUAUAUAUAUAUAUAUAAAUAUAUAAAUACAAUAUGUGAAAACAUCUUCUUGGUUUUUAUUUUGAAACAAUUUUUAGGCUUGUUCCGGGGGUCUCUGUGCUGCCUGUACUGUAUUGACCUGUUUUAUAGGUGCCUUUUUAUUAAAAAGAGAAAAUUAAAAAUCCAA